AUGGCGGCCCCCUAUCCCGGCAGUGGCGGCGGAAGCGAGGUCAAAUGCGUGGGAGGCCGCGGCGCCAGCGUCCCAUGGGACUUUCUACCCGGGCUGAUGGUCAAGGCGCCGUCCGGACCAUGGGGAAGCUUGCAGGCUGGCAGGAGGGGGACUUCUGGGUCCCGGAGGAAUGGGGAGCUGGAACUCCAGUGUCCUGGGGGCUACGGGGUCGGGACGAGGGGCAUCAGGAGACCAGGACACCUGGUCCCCGCUUGUCGGGUCAAUCCUGGGGGCGUCCUGGGGCAGAAGCUGUGGCGGCUGCGUCUGGGGCUGGGGCUGGGGCUGGCGCGCCGGGGUCUUCAGGGAGGAAGUUGUGGUCGUGGGGCUGUGGCGCCCAGCCAGGGAAACAGACUGCAGAUUCGCGGAGUCAAGACUCCGGUGAUGGGCUUGGGGGGCGGGUCCCCGGGGCAGAGGGCUCCGGGGGCUGGAGCGGCUUCAUCCUUCCAUCUGCCCCCAGCCCCAGGCCGCCGCGGCCCCGCAGCGCUGGUCUCCGAAGUCUUCGAGCAGCACCUGGGAGGUCACAUCUUGCAGUCCCUGGAUGGCUUUGUGUUCGCCUUGAACCAGGAAGGAAAAUUCCUCUACAUCUCAGAGACAGUCUCCAUCUAUCUGGGUCUCUCACAGGUGGAGAUGACGGGCAGCAGCGUCUUCGACUACAUUCACCCUGGGGACCACUCGGAGGUGCUGGAGCAACUGGGGCUGCGGACCCCGACCCCAGGCCCCCCAACCCCGCCCUCCGUCUCCUCCUCUUCCUCCUCCUCUUCCUCUUCGCUUGCGGAUACCCCCGAGAUCGAGGCCAGCCUCACCAAGGUGCCCCCCUCCUCCCUGGUCCAGGAGCGCUCCUUCUUUGUCCGCAUGAAAUCCACGCUCACCAAAAGGGGGCUGCACGUCAAGGCCUCGGGGUACAAGGUCAUCCACGUGACUGGACGCCUUCGGGCCCACGCCCUGGGCCUUGUGGCCCUCGGGCACACGUUGCCCCCGGCCCCCCUGGCUGAGCUGCCACUCCACGGACACAUGAUCGUCUUCCGUCUCAGCCUGGGUCUCACCAUCCUUGCCUGUGAGAGCAGAGUCAGCGACCACAUGGACCUGGGGCCCUCAGAGCUGGUGGGCCGCAGCUGCUACCAGUUCGUCCACGGACAGGACGCCACCAGGAUCCGCCAAAGCCAUGUGGACUUGCUGGACAAGGGUCAGGUGAUGACCGGUUACUACCGUUGGCUGCAGCGCGCCGGGGGCUUCGUGUGGCUGCAAUCCGUGGCCACGGUGGCCGGGAGCGGGAAGAGCCCCGGGGAGCACCAUGUGCUUUGGGUCAGCCACGUGCUCAGGUGA